AAUCGUGCUCAUAAAAUGUCAUCCAUAUAUUUUUCAGGUGGGAAAUUCAGGUGCUUCACUCGUGUUGCUGAAAAGGAUGGCAGUGUGCAGGUUAUAAUGGCAUGAAGCGAUGCUAACGCCUUCCACCAAUUCCAAUGGCUCUUCCUCUUUCAAUUCCUUCCUUUUCUCUUCUCAGGCCGCUUCACAUUUCUGCAACUCCAGCAACGAAAUUAACUACCGCAGUUUUCCCUCUCAUUUCUCUGUCAAUAAGAAAAACUCUUUUAGCCUUCGCGCGCGGGAAAUUUGAACAGCACAAUAAAAAUUGUAGCAAAUAUAUUUAUUAUGGUUGUGAUCACAAUUUUGUAGCCAAGACUCGCGCUAAUUUUUCCGAUGGGACACCCAAACUUACUGAAGAGCAAUCUGGUUCUCAACAUGAAUACGAAGGUGAAAGCGACGUUUCCACCAAUUCUUCGAUCUCCGACACCCUUUCUCUUGGCAUCAAAGAGCCAAUUUACGAGGUCAUUGAAGUUAAGCCUAGUGGGGUAGCCUCGAAGAAAAAUGUUAGCAGACGACAGUUGCUGAAGUCAAGUAGUUUAAGGUUGCGAGAUAUUCGGAGUGUAGAUCCAUCAUUAUGGGUGACCAACUCCACACCUUCAAUAUUGGUUCGAGAGCAAGCCAUUUUGUUGAACCUGGGUUCUUUGCGGGCAAUUGCAAUGGCUGAUAAUGUCCUUGUGUUUGAUCAUAGGAGUAAAGGUGGACAAGCCUUCCUUAAAGCUCUCUUGCCUCGUUUGAAUCCACGAAAUAGUAAUGAAGCUCCUAAAAUGGCAUUUGAACUUGAGGUGAUGGAAGCUGCAUUGAUAUCAAGAACACAAAGAUUAGAGCGAAAGUUGAUGGAAGUUGAACCUAAUGUAGCUGCCUUACUUGAGAUGUUGCCAACUCGGUUGACAGCAGACAUACUAGAGCAACUUCGGCUUAGUAAACAAGCUUUGGUUGAACUUGCUUCUAGAGCAGGAGCAUUGAGGCAAAUGCUUCUUGAGCUUCUUGAAGAUACAAGUGCAAUUCGCCGGAUGACUCUGAUAGGUAGAAGUUGUGUUUUGGACAAAGUGGGUGGUUUUGUGGAAUGUUCGAUUCCAUCAGAUAAACAGGUUGCUGAAGAGGAAGAGGAAGAGAUUGAAAUGCUUUUGGAAAACUAUUUGCAAAGAAGCGAGUCAUGUCAUGGUCAAGCAGAGCGACUUUUGGAUACUGCUAGGGAAAUGGAAGACUCAAUUGCUGUAAACUUGAGUUCUCGACGCCUAGAAGUGAGCAGAUUGGAACUACUACUCCAGGUUGGAACAUUUUGCACAGCACUUGGAGCUCUGAUUGCUGGUAUAUUUGGAAUGAAUUUGAAAUCCUACUUGGAGGAGCGUGCGUUUGCUUUCUGGCUUACAACGGGUGGAAUUAUCUUUGGUGCAAUGGCCUUGUUCGUGCUUAUGCAUUCAUAUUUGAAGAACCGCAAAGUAUUGUAGCAAUCUUCAUAUAAAGACGUGCCAAAGCUUAGUCUUAUGCAGUGUUUUACCUGCCUGCGAAAUAUGACCGAGCAAAAUCACUUGAUAGGGUUAGCAUUUUCAACUAGUUAUUAGUUAUUAAUGGUUCUUCUGCAUUAUAGACCAAAUGAAGUGAACGUGUACUUUUUAAUAAUCUGUCUUUAGGACUGAACAGUCUACACGAUUCGAGAACUGUUCAGCAGGAAACAAAAUCCCAAUCAGCAACUAUCCCCUAUUUUUUAAGAGGAAAUUUGUAUAAUAUAAACAAGACCUUUGGCAUGAGAAAGCAAUCCCCUACAAUUUUCGUAGCUCGAUUAAUAAAGAGAAAAAGGGUUACAAUUUCAUAUCAA